AUGGAACAUGGAAAUCACACAGUCGUGACGGAGUUUGUUCUCCAAGGAUUAGCAAAGAACUGGGAGUUACAGCUGUUCCUGUCUGCCCUCCUACUACUCUUCUAUGUCAUCAUUCUUCCUGGGAAUAUCCUCAUCAUUGUGACCAUUCGAAAUGACCCCCGCCUGGGGUCCCCGAUGUUUUUCUUCUUGGCCAGUCUGGCGUUCAUGGACAUCUGUUAUAGCACUGUCACCCCUCCCAAGAUGAUGAUGAACCUUUUCAGUCGCCAGAAAACCAUCUCCUAUCAAGGAUGCUUGGCUCAGAUUUUUUUCAUCCAUUUCCUAGGUGGGGCCGAGAUCUGCCUGCUUAUUGCCAUGGCUGUCGACCGGUACGUGGCCAUUUGCCACCCACUGCGCUAUGCCGUGAUGGUGACCCGAGUCGUUUGCUGGGCGCUGGUGGUAGGUUCGUGGGCUGGAGGUUUCAUGCACUCUAUGAUCCAAAUGAUUCUUAUUGUCCCACUCCCUUUCUGUGGCCCCAAUGAGCUAGACAACUUCUUCUGUGAUGUUACGCAAAUCAUCAAGCUGGCCUGCACCAACACCUAUGCAUUAGAGUUUGCAAUGUUUAUCAAUAGUGGCCUGGUCACCACUACGUGCUUUAUUAUCCUUCUCAUCUCAUACGGGACCUUGCUCGUCAAGGUGAAGACAGGCUCAGCCCAAGGGAAGAACAAAGCUGCAUCCACAUGCAUUACCCAUAUUAUCAUUGUCUUCAUUAUGUUUGGCCCAGCCAUCUACAUCUAUUGCCGUCCUUUCCAGGACUUCCCCUUUGACAAGGUGGUGGCCUUUUUCCACACGGUGGUCUUUCCUUUGAUGAACCCCAUGAUCUACACUUUGAGGAACAAGGAGAUCAAAGCUGCUAUAUUCAGACUGCUAAAUAAAAAUAAAGUUAGUAGGGAUAAGUAA